AUGCACCCGACGGCGACCAUCCUAGGUUAACCGUCAAGGGGUCCAUGCCAAUUUUUAAAAAUUGCCGCGUACCCGUGACCGUCAAGGGGUCCCUGCCAAUUUUCAGAAAUUGCCGCGUACCCGUAACCGUCAAGGGGUCCAUGCCAAUUUUUUUAAAAUUGCCGUGUACCCGUAACCGUCAAGGGGUCUAUGCCAAUUUUUAAACAUUGCCGCGUACCCGUGACCGUCAAGGGGUCCAUGCCAAUUUUUAAAAAUUGCCGCGUACAAAUGUAGGGCCAAAAUGUUUAUUUUUGAUUGGCCUGUGGUUUUCAGAGGGGUUUUUUGUGCACGCUUUCCGUGACAUUUUCACGUAUGAAGUCACCCCGUCGUGGAAUUUCUCGUGGUUCUCUCCAUUGCUUGUUAUGUCCUUCAACAUAAAAUCCAGGAUUUCAGUGGAAAUUUUCCGGCGCCAUUUUCUCGAAAUCCAGGUGCCGGCAGCCAAAACGAUCAACAGAACAUUUGAUCCUCUUGGUAUAAGCUAUCGAACUAUGUCAGUCACGGCCCAUAAGGUCAACUUACCUGUUGAUCAUUCCCUAGUCAGUAGAGAAGUCUAGUUUUUCCUAAUUGGACACUCCUUGCUGGCUACGGCCACGUGGCACCGGAGACGUUCAAAGGCCGUGUCUUCCUGAUUUUGUACGGCCUCGUCGGCGUUCCGUUCACCCUUCUUACGAUCGCCGAUCUCGGAUUGUUCCUCAACAAGUUCCUCAAGUAUCUGCUCACUUCGGCUCAUAGAUUCUCGCGAUUUCUCAAAAAUCUGUGGCACGGAAUAAGGAAGAAGCCUCGGAAGACGAUCUCGGAGUCGGAAAGAUCGGAAGUUCGGAGUACGGGAAAGGAAAAGAAAGAAAUGAGCAUGAGAACGGUCAGGGAACCGGACCAAGAAGAGAAGAUUCAGGAAAUGGAAAAAGAAGAAAAAAAAGGAGAAGAAGAGGGACAGGAAGAGCAGAAUGAGCAGCCGAGGUGGGCACAAGACUGUAAAUCAGCGGAAUCCUCACCUUACUUGAGAUUACUGUAACAUUAUGUGUACUAGUUCAGAAAAACGGAAGAGUCAAUAGCGCUCGGGAUCACUCUCACGUGUUACUUGCUGGCUUGCGCAAAGAUAUUGUCGGUUUACGAGCCGGAAAUGGACUUUUUCAAGGCGCUCUACUUCAAUUUUGUCACUCUCACUACCAUCGGAUUGUGCGAUUUUGUGCCGAAGAGGUAA